GCCACUGAUUUGCUGUGUCUUACUAGGACCUCAAUGUCCUCACCUGUAAAAUGGGACAAUUAUUUUUUUAAGUAAUCUCUAUACCCACUGUGGGCCUCAAACUCACAACCCUGAGAUCAAGAGUCCCACGCUCUGCCAACUGAGCAAGCCAGGCGCUCUUGGGACAAGUCUUACUCCAAAGACUGUUAACGUUAAGAAUGUAGUACCUGGUGAACAGUAAGUGCUCAAUAUUUACGUGAUUAACAGACUGCUGUGAGGAUAACAGCGAAUGCUUUCAGUAUAUAUGAUAUGCAAGGGACUACUCUGUAAAGUUUUAUAUCUAAAUCAAUUUGAUCCAACAAUCCUGUUAGGAAUGCUCUUGUUACAACCCCCACCUUCAGAUGAAGAAACAGCCACAGAGAGGUUAAGUAGCAAUGGCAGAGCACAAUAUCCAAACCCAGGCAGUUUGACACCUGAAUUGAAAAUUAUGCAAUGCUACCUCCUAGGUGAUAGAGUGCAAUGAAGUGCUUAACAGUGUACCACGAUGGGAGCUGCUCAAACGAGUAUCUUCAGGGGGUCGCUUUUUUUUUUUAAGUUUAUUUAUUUACUCUCUACCCCUAACGUGGGGCUCCAACUCACAACGUUGCGAUCAAGAGUCACGUGCUCUCCUGACAGCCAGCCAGGCACGGGGGUUGGGGGUGGGUCACUUUUUCUGAGCGCGAUUGGCGGGCUGAACCGGAAAACUAGCGGCUGGAGAAGAGGGCCAGGGGAACUACAACACCCACAAGGCUUCGCGCCUUCCCCUGAGGGACUCCCGAUUGACUUGCUCUGAGGCAGAUCAUUGGCUCUCUGAGGGAGGCCUGGCGAGGAUUGGAAGGCGGGAGCAGUGCUAGUUUAAGAUUGGCAAAACUACUGCCAGCCCCGCCUCAAAAACCCGGAAGUAAUCCCCCCCCGGCCUGUGUGUAGUGGUGUAGCAGAGAAACGCGAGUUUGGGUUCGUGGAGGGAGGAUCCGAGGGCUGCGCACUGACUUCCCAGCCCCGCCGCUCUCACUAAGUGACUUUGACUUAUUGAGGGCUGCUUUUGAGGACGCGGGGCCUGAGGCUGACCGAGGGAGGUCCCCGCUGCUUCCCGCCACCCAAGCGGUGCCUCAUGGAGUCUACGUUCAGCAGCCCCGCUGAGGCAGCGCUGCAGCGAGAGGCGGGUGCCGCGGGGCUGCUCACUCCUCCGGAAGACCUGGACCGCGUCUACGAGCUGGAGCGAGUCGCUGGAUUUGUCCGCGACCUGGGGUGUCGGCGGGUGGCCUUGCAGUUCCCUGACCAGCUAUUGGGAGAUGCUGGGGCCGUGGCUGCACGACUGGAGGGGACCACAGGGUCGAAGAUGUUCAUUCUGGGAGACACGGCCUAUGGAAGCUGCUGUGUGGAUGUACUGGGUGCUGAGCAAGCUGGAGCUCAGGCCCUUGUUCAUUUUGGCCCUGCCUGCUUAAGCCCUCCAGCCCGCCCACUGCCUGUGGCCUUCGUCCUUGGUCAACGUUCUGUGCACUUGGAGCUCUGCGUCAAGGCCUUUGAGGCCCAGAACCCAGACCCCAAAGUGCCUGUGGUGCUGCUAAGUGAGCCGGGCUGUGCCCACGCCUUGGAGGCCUUGGCCACUCUUCUGCGCCCGCAGUACCCGGACCUGCUUGUCUCCAGCCCAGCUCUUCCAUUGCCAGUGGGCUCCUGUAGGCCGGAGCCUGAGCCCCUGGAGCGUUUUGGGCGCCGCUUUCCCCUGGCUCCAGGGAGGUGUCUGGAAGAAUAUGGUGCCUUCUAUGUGGGGGGCUCUGAAGCCAGUGCUGACCUUGACCUUGACCCAGACCUGAGCCGGCUGCUCUUGGGCUGGGCACCAGGGCAGCCCUUCUUCACCUGCUGUCCGGAUACAGGGCGGACUCAGGAUGAAGGUGUCCGGGCUGGGCGGCUAAGGGCACGUAGACACUAUCUGGUAGAGAGGGCCAGAGAUGCCCGUGUGGUAGGGCUGUUGGCAGGGACACUGGGUGUGGCCCGACACCGUGAGGCACUGGCACACUUGCGGAACCUGGCUCAGGCUGCAGGCAAGCGUAGCUAUGUGUUGGCCCUGGGGCGGCCCACACCUCCCAAGCUCGCCAACUUCCCUGAGGUGGAUGUCUUUGUGCUCUUGGCCUGCCCUCUUGGUGCUCUAGCUCCACAGCCUUCUGGUGGCUUCUUCCGGCCUGUAUUGGCACCAUGUGAGCUGGAAGCUGCCUGCAACCCUGCCUGGCCACCUUCAGGCCUGGCUCCCCACCUCACACAUUACGCGGAUUUAUUGCCUGGCUCUCCCUUCCACGUGCCCCUCCCACCACCUGACUCGGAACUGUGGGACACCCCAGCUGUGUCACUUAUUACUGGGGAACUCCGACCCCCACCUGCGUGGAAGCCCUCAGAUGAUCCUGGGUGUUUGGCCCUGACCUUGCGGCCCCAGCUAGAGCUGGCUGAGAGCAGCCCUGCAGCCUUGUUCCUUAGUUCCCGGAGCUGGCAGGGUCUGGAGCCCCGUCUGGGUCAGACACCGGUGACAGGAGCUGUGAGUGGAAGACGAGGGAUUGCCAUCGCCUACGAGAAUGAGGGAAGCAGCUGAUAACGUGUGGGGCCAGAGACACAGAUGGACUUAAGAAUUGCUGCAAAAACCUCCCUGCAUCAACCUCACUCCUCUGCUAGGAUCCUUGAAGGAGCCUGGAUGCAGGGAAGAGCAGACAGCCCCUCAUUGAGGAAGGGAAUCCUGCUCUGUCCCUGUCCUGGCCCUGGCACAAGGCUUAGCAUAUAGUGGCUUAAUAAAUACCUGUUGGACUGAUGGGACUUAUUUGGGGCUUUCCUAAAGUCUUGUGGGCCCAUCUGGGGGCCCACAAGUUUCUGGCCAGUCCCAGUUUCUGAUGUGCAGUUGAGGGUUUACCCUUGUCAAAGGUUCUAGAUAUAGACCAGGGUUUCCUAACUUUGGUACUGUUGAUGUUUUGGGCCAGAUAAAUCUUUGCUGUGAGGGGCUGUUCUGUGCGCUGUAGUAUGUUUAGCACUGUCUCUGGCUUCUGCCCACUAGAUGCCCCCAACAUACCCCUCCCCAUAUUUUGGUGAUAACCGAAAAUGCCUCCAGACAUUGACAAAUGUCUCCUGUGGGGGCAAAGCUGCCCCUAGUUGAGAACCACUGGUCUACACCUGUGUUGUCCAGUAAAGUAACCACUAGACAUAUAUGGCUAUUAAACAUGAAUUUAAAUUAGUUAAAAUUAAAAACUCAGUUUCUCAGAGUGCCUGGCUGGCUCAGCUAGAAAAGCGUGCAACUCUUGAUCUCGGGGUCAUGAGUUCAAACCUCAUGAUGGGUGUACAGAUUACUAAAAAAGUAAACUUUAAAAAUAAAAACUCAGUUUCUCAGUCACACUAGUCACAUUUCAAUGGUCGUCUAGCCAUAUGAGGGGACAGUGCAGCUAUAGGACAUUUCCAUUAUUGCAGAAAGUUCUGUUGGACAGUGCUGGUCUGUACUGAUUCUAAUUUUGUUUCUCAGGGAGAUCACAGACAUUGAAUAAACUACUUUUUCUCCUUC